UAGAAGAAGACGAUAAAAAAGAGGAGGAGGAGGAAGAGGAGGAGGAGGAGGAGGAGGAGGAGAGAUCAGAAGGAAAAGAAGAGAGAGUCGAAGAGGAAAAAGACGAGGAUCACAGCGAGAAGUCACAGGGAAUCGUAGAAACGAGGGAAACUUUGGAAUCAGCCAGAUCAUUUGACACGACGUGCCUGCAGUCGUCGAGAUCGGCCGAUCGUGUGACCGAACCAGCAAGUUCCUUGGUCAACGAGAACGUAUCUUUGGCUGAGCCACAAGAGGAAAAGAUAGAUACGAGGGUAGGGGUAGUAGGCGAGUCUCUUCCGAUCAAGAGCAGCAGCAACAGCAGCAGUAGCACCACCACCACCACCACCACCACCGCCGCCGCCACCAUCACCACCACCACCACUACUACUACCACUAACAGUUCGAUUCCAAGAGCAACGACGGAUCAGGGCAGCAACGAGAAGCAAGCAGUCGGUGAGUGGAAUUCAUUACCGGUACUGGUAGAGCGCCUUCGUUCGGUGCUCGAGCUCUCGCUCGCGAUAGCCGAUACGUCGUCACCGAUCAAGGAGGAUCCACGAGAACUUGCUCUCGAUGUCAAUGAUUCACGAAAGGUCCGUUCCAUGGACGAACGAUCAACCGCUAGCAAGAAUAGCAACGGCAAGGAACAAGACCUGAAGAAUGACUUGAGGUUCCUCGAGGAUCUCUUGAUGUCCGAUAUACACACGGCCCUUUCCCGUUUACGAGAAACUCUCGAGAGGAUCGACGUUGGCGCGUUAGCAAAACACGGUGCUGCUUCCGAUCCGAGUAGUAAACUUCAACUUCUACGGCUAGUGUCGAGUUUACUUUCGCGAUUAGAGAUGCCACGUGAAUCGCAGGAGGAAGAAAAGAAGAUUCUUACGCAAGAGGAGAAGCUAAAGUCUUCUUUGAUAGCUGCAACAUCGUCCGUGACCAAUCGUAGGCGACGAGCUAGCAGACACACCAUUGGUGUCUCUGCCGAGGAAUUGGCAUGUGCUAGGAAAUGGUUGCAGGAGGAAAAGAAUUUUAACGACGUUACGCCGCUUACGAAAAUAACACCCUCUCCGUUGUUUUCGACCACGUCGAAGGCUAUAGAUUCUUCCGAAGAAAAACCAAGGCCCGAAGAGAUACAUGACAAAUAUACGAAGGACGCCAUCAAUCAUCGACAAUCUCUACGCGAUAGAAAUAAUAUUGACAAAGGUCUGGAAAUGCGUCCACGUGCUGCUCCUUUCUAUGCCGAUAAAACGGACUUCGUCGUCACCCAGUCGACGAUCGCGUCGAACGAAGUGACUCAUCAGUCUCUACGACCUAGUCUCGACUCGAGAAACACAUUGGAUAACACGGAAGUUGGCAACGUAGAAGUUGGUCGUGUUGGCAGAUUGGCUGCGGCUCUUCAACAACGAGUAGAAUCCUCGAGCAAGUGUACUUCUUCCAACAGAUUCACUGCAAAAAAGUCAAAGAUCAAACGAGCCAAUACCAUUGACAUUCCAAGUUACCUCAAAUUACAAGCUGAGAGUUUCAAGCAAGAAGGUAGCGGUUGUGUAUCCCUGAAAAAGCCUAUAAAUGUCAGUGACAAGGCAAAUUGUAAUUCGAUCAACAGCAUGAUCAUACCAUCCUUCCAACCGAGAACUGAAAAUGAUAGAAAAUUCAUGGCAUUGAUUAGCAAGAAUAACGAUACUCCUAUAUUCAACGCACCGUCAUCGUUCAAAUCAUUUGGCUAUACAAAAACGAUGGAUCCAUCAUCGGUGAGCAACGAGAACUGGAACAGUCGUUUUUCCAACAUCAAGACGGCCUUCGAUAAGACGGCGACUUCUGGUGAUGAGUCUGAACAGCAAGUUAACAAGUAUAAGCUUCCGAAACGACCACCGAUAGUUCCUCAAGUGACUCAACGAUAUAAUCCUGGAAAGGAGAAACCCUUCAACGCGAAUGUCUUCUGUAACUUUGAACACGAUACCUCUAACGUUAGUCAAUCGAUCUCUCCUGGCUUCAGACAUGCUCCCUCCUCUCCUUUUCGAAGGAUCGAAAAGCCAACUGGUGUAUCGAACUUCGUUAAAUCUUCACCGAUCUCUACCAAUCCCCCUAAAAGCAAUAUACCCAUGCCUGGCAAUACGUUACGUGAGAAAGCAAGAAAGAUGUUCGAUCGAGGUAGCAACAGUAACAAUGUUCAGCAACGAGCUUCGGAAUACAAAGUUCAAGUAGAUGGAAACUCUGAGAAACGUACCUUUCCACGACCACCUUGGAUCGAACACGAGAAAUCAUCAAGUGCAACGAUCGCAGAAAAUGGACGUCUCGAUUAUCGUUCGUUCUGUAAGCAAUUUGCACCGUUCGUUAGCAAAGGUACAUCCUCGUCAUCCUUGGAGAAAACAUCCUACGAGUCCGAUGAUAUUCCUCAACAAAAUCCAAAGUUGUGUCAACCUCGAAAUGAAUCGACUGGUGAAACUAAUAAUCCAAACGUAGUGGAUGGAAAGAUUUCGUUCAAGAUGAUACCAACGGAUUACAAUCGUUAUAAUGUUCAGGGAAUUCGUGAUUCUCGUGAUUUUAUUCGUGAAACCGAAACUACAGAUGGAUCUCAACAAGUUGACCUUACUCUACGUGGCAGUGCAUCGGUAGCUGUUCAAACCGGUGCCCAGGAUGAAACUUUCGAUGAAGUUAGAUCUUUCCGUGUUGUUCCAAAGAUCUCGAACGGGCCACCUUUGAUUUAUAGCAAUGUCUCGAUACAAACGUCGAGUGAUGUGUCUCCUAAAAUUUCAGAAGAUGUUCAUACUUUUAUUUCGGACAAUCAGAAAAGUCAUGGCGAGGAGAAAAGUCAUGAGGAAUAUCGUUCGCGAGAUGAAUCGGAUCGUGUUCUGCCGGUAAAAGAAAACGUUCGCGAAACUGUGCCUUUUCACGAUUAUCGUUCCGAUACGAUCGUUACGAAUCCACGCGUGCAAAAUCAGACAGCUUUUGUGAAAGCUUACGAGCCAGUGUUGAAAGCUGAACAAAAUGAAUACGAAUCAGCGAAAGUGAAUUAUGCUGAAGAUGAUCGACCUCGAUCUAAAAACUACGAUUAUUUGGAUGCAAAGAAUAUUCAAAAUCAAGACAUAAGCGAGGAGGAAGGUGUCGUGACGAGAUACACAUGUGCUAUAGCUACAGUGGCGUCCGUCGAAAGUCCAGAAAUCCAAGGAGAAGUUGUAGAAGCGUCGUACUCUAGGGAUUACUCGACUCCAUCUGUAUCACCUGUCUGGUCCAACUCAAGAUCGAAAGCAAGUAACGACGAAGAAGUUGACGAGGAGAUACGUAGACACAAUAUGUUGCAACAGAGUUUGAUACAACGACUCCAUCAUGAACGUUGUACGAUGAUCGAUCGUCCGACGAAACGAUCACCUAUCGAUUAUCAAAAUGAAACACAUGGAAAUACCAGAAAGGAAGAACAAUCCUAUGAACAAGGUUAUUACGUAGCUCCACGAAGUAGUAACGAGUAUAUACCGAUGGAAAAUGUUAACAGAAUCGAAUCGGUCUCACCCUCUCCUCUAUCCAAUCAAUUGAAACGUAUCUGUAAUCUUCCUCAAGCAAAGAAAUUUCUUUCGCCGGAUUUACCAGCGAGACAGACUCAAGUCACACCUUCCACAUCACGCGUUGUCAAUCAAGUUUCAGCACUCAGAGAAGUUUAUGAACAACCAAUUGCUGUUCCGAACAAACCCAUACGUAAGGAACGAUCACCGGUACCAAACGGAACAAAUCCGAUUGAUUCCAGUGACGAAUAUUUAAUGUCUUGCGCCAAUCAACCAUCUAGAUCCAUCGUUCUAUCAAAAUCCGAAUCUUGGCAUCAAUUGGCUCUGUCCAACAGUUCUUCUCGUAUUCCUCGUACAAGCGACUCCAGCCCGUCCUCGUCGAGAGCUUCUUGCUUACCUAAACCCCCGAAACCUAGAUCACCGUCCUCCAUGAAAUUUCGAACGAAACAAUUCGAGGCAUCUUCCGACAGCGUUAAAAAGAUGGAGGACAAGAUAAGAAGAUACUUCGACAGUCCAAAUGAAAGUUCAACGAACGAAACAAAGGAAUCAAAGAAACGUUCCUCUCCUCGUCAUACUCAUGGAAAGUGCAUGAUCGGUCUAUCGAGAAGUCGUACCUUGCCUGGUAUCUGCGAACAGAAACUCGUCUUGACGAUACCGCCGACACAAGUACCUCUCCUACAAGUUAACAGUGCUGACGUCGACAAGGUCUUCGACGAUAUCUUCCAGGAAGCCACGAGGAUGGACAGUCAGCAUUGCUGACCGAUCAACUUUAUCUCUUUCUCUCUCUCUCUCUCUAUCUCUUUCUCUCUCUCUCUCUCUCUCUCUCUCUCUCUCUCUCUCUCUCUGUCUGUCUCUUCUUCUUCUUCCUUUUCUUCUUCUUGCAUCAACCACUUGUAAUGGGUAGCGGUAGAUGCUACGAGUACGCAAGAAAUUGAAUUACGCUAGAAAGUUCUUCGCGUGCGAAUCCGAUCAAACGCAAGAUGCAAUGUGAUUUUUAUACUUGUGCAUUACUCUUUUAUUGUUAUACCUGUUAUUGUUAUUGUUAUUGUUAUUAUUAUCGAAAACAUCGUCCAUAACGAUACCUACGUAUAUACCAAGUAUCACGUAAGACGAUGACCGUGUUCAUAAACCAAAGACCGUGUUAAUAUCGUCGAGUGAGAAAUAAUCGAAAUCAUACUUAUCCUUGGUUCAGAAUACGAUCAAAAUAUAGGGGAUGUUCGAAGGGCUUGCCGACCAAAGAAACGUAUUAUAGGAUGAAUUAAAUGACGUGACAUCUACCUCUAUUAAUAACUUAUAUUGGAAUAAUCUAUAUGGGAAUGCAGUAAAUCCGAAGUUGAAGAAAAAUGAUCGAUCAUACGUCAUCGGUAUGCGUCAGUCAACAGUUGCAUGUUUAAUCUAAAUGAAAAAAAAAAAAAAAGAAAAAAAAUAGAGAUUUUUGAGGACUUGGACUGGAAGGACAAAAGUUACCCUGGAUAUCCCAUUAUGUUGCAACCCGAGAGAGAUUUUAUCGAGAAACGUAAGAUAGAGAGCUCGAAGAAGACGAGGCAAUUCGACUUGUAUUAUUUGGCUAGGAGGCACCGACUUUUGGCAGUCAUUUCGUAAAAGCAUAGACGUGCAUAUGUCUUUUUUUUUCUCUUUCUCUCUAGCGCAUUUAGUCGCACGUAUGUUUCUACUGCGUCUUUUGGACGUAGCCACACGAUCUAAGGACACGUUCUAAGUGAGAACAAGAAAGAGAGAGAGAGAGAGAAUCGCUAGAAGGUCGUACAGAUCCCCGAAUAAAGCAGUGAGUCACAAAACAUCUUUCUGUAGCUCCUUUUGUUGCGCCAAAUAGUGUUAUAGUUUUCUCCACACUACUCUGUACAAUGUGUGUGCAACUUUUGCCGUAGAUUAUAUUCGUAGCUGUGUGGCGUCAUAUAAUAGCGGUUGUACAGUUAACAUCAUCACCACACUCAACUCAAUUCGCGUUACCUACGCCAGGAUCUUCCUGAACGGGGACAUCUGCCGUCGUUGCCAAGCCUCGAAAUUAUAAAUUCCUGUUGCUGCAAAUAAACACGUUACACUUCA